AAUUAAUGUAGUUGAGUGCUGUCCAAUGUUGAUGUUUGUUUGAACAAGUGCGUUAUUGUUGAAAAAUGUAUAAAUAAUGGAUAAAUAUGGAUGUUUUUGUGUAUAUUAUAUACCGAAUUGGUCGGUUAAAGACCAGAAAAAUGCUGCCUCUCGUUUUGGUAUCGCUCCUCGUGUCCGGCGCACUCGCCGCCGCCGUGCCUGUAACGCUGACACAAUACAGCAUCAAUGAAAUCCCUCCACUUAAUGAAAACGGCCGAUUCAUCUCCAGUGCCCUGACAAGAAACGCCUUGGACAACGUAGAUGGCGGUGACUCCAACGUGUACACCUUAACGCUGCUGGAGGGCGUGCACGACUUGGCCAACCAGCAAGACCGGAACAGCCAGAGCCUGGCCAUCGCACAAACCAUCGCUAUCCUCGGGGAACUCGCUACUGGCGUGCCAGGGCAAUCCUGUGAAGCCGCUGCUGUCAUCAAUGCAUUCGCUGGAUCCGUUCGCACCGGCAACAAGUCCGGACUGCGUCCAGCCGUCAUGAACUACCUGGCCCGCCUCGCCAACAACAUCGACCUCAUCGUCGGCCUCGUCAACAACCCCGACUCACUUCGGUCCGCCGUCGGACCAAGGGGCAACUGCGCCGGAGGCGGCAGAAGAUACGAAUUCGAAGCAGUUUGGGAUGCCGUCCUCAAUAGUGCCAACAUAAAUACCGUGGGACUCCUGAACGAACAGUACUGCUCUUCCAAGCGGCUGUAUAGUGCGUUCAACAUCCGCACCAACAAUGUUGGUGCUGCUGCGACCGCUGCUGCUGUGCCGCAGGUCACCCGGGCCGUCGGCCAAGCCCUUAACGCCGUCGUUCCGUUCCUGAAAGUAGUUGCCAAUGGUGGCAAUCCCGCUGGUCUUGCCGCCGGCGCCAAGCAAGCUCUGCUCCGCGCCGGAAGCAGUGUCCCUUUGUAAACCUACGCGUAAACAUCCACCAUUCACCAUGUAAUAAUACCAUCAUAUAAUAUACUUUCGGACACAUCUAUCGGCCUACUAAGUGUUAUAAGCUUCAACAGUCUAUAGCAAAAAUAUAUGUUCGGUUAAACAAUAGUAACACACACUUUACCCGUGCAUGUGUUCCCUCCUUCCUACAAUCUGGGGUCCUUUAUGAGAGGCGUGAAGAAGCAUUUUGCAGGCCGGCAAGGUGAGGAUGGUUGAUGUAGCAGUUUAUAACUGCUGUACGAGCUAUCUUCGCGUUUGGACUUUAUCACCACUUAACAUCAGGUGGGGUAGAUUCAUUUGCCUACCUGACUACAUAAAAAAACUUAUUUUUUUAUAACACAAAAAGGAUGGGUAGUAAAGUAAAUCAGCUUCAAACUGCGUAAAAACUUUUUGCUAACAUUUAUUUUAAGCUUGGGAUCGUCGAAACAUAACAUGCUACGUGGGCCGUUAAAUGAGUAAGGAAAUGUAUAAGAACACAAUUCCCCUUAUUAAUAAUCGUAGUAUAAGCUUGGAUUAGUUACUCCAUGUUUUGUCUCUGUUUAUCGAAUGACUAAAGGCAUUUGAGUGAUAUGAACAAAAUAAGCCGAAACUAGUCUAAGCUUAAUCCUCGUUUAUUAUUAAGGGGGUAUAAGUAUCCCAUACAAGGAUCUCUCCAACAAAUCUUACCAAUAACCCUAGAUUUACAUAUAUAAAUAUCUAUUCAUUUAUUUUCCAAACUAUAUAAAUACAAACGUUUCUCGUGAAAUAGAUGAUAAAUUAUAAUAUUAUUAUUGUUAUUUAAAUAUACGUUUUUAUAUAAAACCCCAACGACCAGGCUUUUCAUUUUGAACUAUGAUUGAUUUUAUAAUUGAAUUUAUAAAUAAAGAUGUAUCCAACCUUAAAGAGUAAUUAAA